AUGGCUUUGAAGCUGAGAAGAAAUAACUUCCACGGCAAUAUGAUGAAUGCUUUUUUGACCGGAGACCCGUUGACAAAACUUGAUUUAAGCGAAAAUAGAUUUUCGGGUCAGCUGCCAAGAUCAUUGACAAAUUGUACCAAUUUAGAGAUUCUCACUCUUGAAGAUAACUCUUUUCAUGACACCUUUCCUUCAUGGCUGGGAACUCUUUCCAAGCUGCAAGUUCUAGUUUUGCGCUCCAACAAACUUUAUGGUUCAAUUCAAGGUUCCACAGCUGUUUCCUUACAGUUCCCUAAGUUACGGAUCAUAGACCUCUCUAACAAUAAUUUCAGUGGUCAAUUGCACCAAAACUAUUUCCAAACAUGGCAUGCCAUGAGGUCUGCCAAUCUUGAGAAUCUUGAAGCUUUGGAUCUCUCUCGAAACAAGCUAUCCGGGGAAAUUCCUCAACAAUUGGUGCAACUCGGCUACUUUUCCAUCUUCAAUGUGUCAUUCAACCAUCUUGAUGGUCACAUUCCUCAAGGGAAACAAUUCGAUACGUUUGAGAACGAUUCCUACGAGGGGAACCCCCGAUUGUGCGGACAACCUUUAUCCAAGAAAUGUCAAUAUUCAAAGGUGUCCACACUUCCACCAACAAGCAAUGUGUCGGAAUCUCUACUCCCAAGUGAAAGAAUUGACUGGAUCAUCAUAUUAUGUGGAGUUGGAAGUGGGCUGGCAGUUGGGAUUGUUAUUGGGAGCAUUUUGUAUACAAGGUAUAGUGAUCGGAUCACAAAGAGGAAGGACAGAUGGGUGAGGCCACUUCUCUCAACCAAUUUGAAAACGAUUUCCGUAUGUCAUUCAAAAAAAUGUUCAUAUGUCAUCCAAAAAGAGAGAGAGAUGGUAAUUCUGAGAAGCAAUGUUUCUGCAUCUGCAGCAAUCAUCAAAGACCUCCUCAUAUUGAGUAACAUCAAGAAAAGGAAUGAUACAGAAAACCUUGCAAAUGAGCACUUCACACAUCUUGCAUAG